AUGUCUUCGGAGUCUAAUUUAGUCAAUUUCACAUGCGCUUAAUUAAGCACUCGCGCUUCCAUUUUUCACAAGUUCGAGAGUAUAAGUGUCUCCCCGCCCAAAUAACCGUUUCAAGUAGAGAGAGAGAGAGCAGAUAUAGAUACACACAAGUCCCGUUUGUAUCUAUACAUACAUAGAGAGAGAGAGAAAUGAAGAAGAAAAACGAAGGUGACGAUAAUGGCGGAAUCGGCGAGGGACGAGUCAUGCUCUCUGCUUUUCUGUCCGUACUCUGCUUCCUGCUCGUCGGAUCGACGAUCGCCGUCGCUUGCAUCCGAGCCUCCGCUCUGAGAGAGAGCUUCGCGUCGCUCGCACUGGUAGCUCCGGACCGGAACCCGCCGGAUUUUGACGGCGGCGAUCUCUUCACCGUUCCGAUCCUGGAGCUGCAGACGAAGGUGAACGGAGCAGGAAGCUCGUCGUACGAACCAGCUCGAGCAGUUUCCGCGGAGGAGGAGCGGCCGAUCGGUAGAAACGACUCGAUUGCAAUCAAAUCUCCUCAUCGGAAACGAACAGUCACCAAAACGAAGAAGAUAGAGGAAGGUUUGGCAAGAGCACGGCAUGUAAUCAGGAAAGCAGCUUCAACCUGGAAACAGUCCGCGCCGACGAUCUCCGGCGGCAUUUACCGCAAUCCCCGAGCAUUUCACCGGAGCUACAUGGAGAUGGAGAGGAGAUUCAAGGUGUUCGUGUACGAGGAAGGGGAACUGCCAGUAGUCCACGAUGGGCCAUGCAAGAACAUAUACGCGAGCGAGGGGAGGUUCAUCGGGGAGAUGGAGCACGGGAGGAACCACGGGUUCAGGACCAAGGACCCGUACUCGGCCCACGUCUACUUCAUGCCUUUCAGUGUGACUUGGAUGGUGAAGUACCUCUACAAGCCCCUCACUUAUGAUGUCUCCCCUCUCCAGCAGUUUGUGUCGGAUUACGUUCGGGUCAUCUCCACCCGACACCCUUUCUGGAAUCGAACUCAGGGCGCUGACCACUUCAUGCUCUCUUGUCAUGAUUGGGGUCCACUGGCAUCAAAAGGCAACGCGAACGUCUACAACACCUCCAUAAGAGUCUUAUGCAACGCCAACUCCUCAGAAGGGUUCAACCCCCAGAAAGACGUCAGCCUACCGGAGAUCCAUCUCUACACCGGAAACAUAUCCCCCAAACUCCUCCAACCCAACGCCGCCGCCCCGAGGCCCCUCCUCGCCUUCUUCGCCGGCGGCCUCCACGGCCCCAUACGCCCCAUCCUCCUCCGCCACUGGCAGAACCGCAGCGACGACGGCGACCACCCCAUCAGAGUCUACGAGUACCUACCCGACCACCUGGACUACUACACCCUGAUGCUCCAGUCCAGGUUCUGUCUUUGCCCCAGCGGGCACGAGGUGGCCAGCCCCCGCGUCGUGGAGGCCAUUUACGCCGAAUGCAUCCCCGUGAUCCUCUCUGCUAGCUACGUUCUCCCCUUCAGCGACGUCCUUAACUGGGAUGCCUUCUCUUUACAGGUAGAGGUAUCGGAGAUCCCGCGGUUGAAGGAGAUCUUGAUGGCCGUCUCUCCAUACGAGUACUUGAGGCUUAAGGAAGGGGUUCGAGCUGUGAGGAAGCAUUUCGUGUUUAACGAGCCUGCUCAGAGGUAUGAUGUGUUUCAUAUGAUUUUACACUCUGUUUGGCUCAGGCGACUGAAUCUCAUAACUGAAUGAUGAAUCUCAGAACUGAAUGGUGAGAUUUUGGUUUUGAAACUCUGAUACAUAUCUCCAGUCAUAGACCCCCUGGUUGAAAAGGGGGAGAAGGUGAAAAAACUUGUGCAAUAUGCCUAGGUAGAGAAGGAUAUGAGAACAUAGCAUAUAACUAUAUACAGAUUUUACCAGGUGCAAUCAUUCAAAAGAUAGAAAUGUAUGGAUGAUAUUUGUGUAGUGAACGAAAAGAAAUACUCAUUAUUCCAUAUGAAAUCUUAUUUUUGGAUAAAAAUGGAUUUGGUAUAAUGUAUAAAUAGAUAGAUGAAUGGUUU